AACGUGUGAGUCAGAUAGACACCAAUAAUUGCAAAUAUCUUACUAUAAUCUUAUUCUAUUCUAUUCUAUUCACCUUAGACAUUGGAAUUGGAAUGGAAUAUAUAUCAUCAAAAUAAUGCUUUAAAUUUCCAACUUCUAAGGCCAAAUUCACAAAAAUCCAACAUGGGUGCUUAUGAUUCUGAUUCCCUUCACUCUUCAACACAAAACUCUUAUCAUCAACAUCUUCUAAACCAAAGAGAAGAAGAAGAUCCAAACCCCAAAACCAAAUCACAAAAAAAACUAGCACUUCUCCCUCUAAUCUUUCUCAUCUACUUUGAGGUAUCUGGUGGACCUUAUGGUGAAGAAGCAACAGUAAGUGCUGCAGGUCCACUUUUUGCAAUUCUUGGAUUUAUAAUUUUCCCAUUUAUUUGGAGUAUCCCAGAAGCUCUUUUAACUGCAGAAUUAGCUACAACUUUCCCAGGAAAUGGUGGAUUUGUUAUUUGGGCUAAUGAAGCUUUUGGUCCAUUUUGGGGUUCUCUUAUGGGAUAUUGGAAAUUUUUUUGUGGUGUCAUAAAUUUAGCAUCUUACCCAAUUCUAUGUAUAGAUUAUCUCAAAGUUGUGAUUCCUGUUUUGUCUUCAGGUUUACCUCGUAUUGUGUCAGUUUUUGUCUCAACUUCUUUGUUGUCUUUUUUGAAUUAUUCCGGUUUAGCUAUAGUUGGUUAUACUGCAGUUGGUUUAGGUGUUAUUUCCCUUUUACCCUUUGUGUUAAUGUCUUUGAUUUCAGUGCCUAAAAUUGAUCCUAGUAGAUGGUUAAGUUUAGGACAAGAGGGUGUGGAAAAAGAUUGGACGCUUUUUUUCAAUACUAUUUUUUGGAACUUGAAUUUUUGGGAUAGUGCUAGUACUUUAGCUGGUGAAGUUGAAGAGCCACAUAAGACUUUUCCAAAAGCUUUGUUAUUUGCUGGAUUGUUAACUUGUUUGGGUUAUAUAAUUCCUUUGUUGGCUACUACUGGUGCUAUGCCACUUGAUCAAGAAGUUUGGGUUGGUGGGUAUUUUGCACAUGUGGCUGGUUUGAUUGCUGGGAAUUGGUUGAAAUAUUGGAUGGAAAUUGGUGCUGUGUUGUCAAUUAUUGGAUUAUUUGAAGCUCAAUUAAGUAGUGCUGCAUAUCAACUUUUAGGUAUGUCUGACUUGGGAUUCAUACCAAAAAUAUUUGGUGAAAGGUCAAAGUUGUUUAACACACCUUGGAUGGCAAUUUUGAUUUCAACAAUAAUAUCACUUGGUAUGUCUUUUUUUAGUUUUACAGAGAUUAUAUCCACUGUUAAUUUUUUGUAUAGUUUAGGGAUGCUUUUGGAGUUUGCUUCUUUCCUUAAGUUGAGGAAAAAAUUCCCUACAAUGAAAAGACCUUAUAAGGUUCCACUUGGAUUCUUUGGUUUGAUUGUAAUGUGUUUUGUUCCAUCUGCGCUGUUGGUUUAUGUGAUGACUGUUGCUACCAAAAUUGUAUUUGUGGCUAGUACUUUCUUAACAUUCUUAGGGAUAGUGUUGUAUUAUUUCAUGAAUCUUUGUAAGUCUAAGAGGUGGAUUGAAUUCAGUGGAGUAGGAGAUAAAUUGGAUGAAGAUGAAGAUGAAGAUAUUAUUAUAUAGAAGAAGUUAGGUAUGUUUGCUUGCUGCAAUUGCUGAGCGAAGCAAACUAUGUAACAUACUUAUUUGGGGUUGAAUCAAUCUUUGUAAAUAAUAAAUAAUAUAUGUAUAUUUUUCUGUAGGAGAAAUUGGAAUCUCCUCUUAAUCACUAGUGAUUUGUCGUUCAA